CUCAUGAUGAUACCCCUCAACGCCAUAUCCAUACCUAUCUCCAGAGUUGGCCUGGGUAAAGAUAUUUGGAAUGUGCAUCCUGACGAUAUUACCGAUUUUCUUUAUGUGAGUUUCUUGUUCUUCUUUUGGGAUGAACUCCUCUACCUUGGAGUUCUCCCCGUGACAAAAAUAUCGAUUUUACUCUUCUACCUCAAAGUCUUUCCCGGCAAAAAUAUCCGAUUAGGCUGUUGGAUUCUGAUCGGCCUCAAUGUCGCCUACUUUAUCGCUUUUGAGCUUGUCUCAAUCUUCCAAUGCACUCCCAUCGAAGGUGCCUGGAGGGCCUGGGACAAGGAGUUUCCAGCCAAAUGCAACAACAUCAACAUGCAAGGCUGGAUGGCGGCCAUUCUCAACAUUGUUUUAGAUGUUGCUACGCUGUGCUUGCCGCUGUGGGAACUCUAUAAGCUUUCCCUCUCCCGGAAGAAGAAGAUUCAGAUUAUGCUCAUGUUUAGCGUUGGAUUCUUUGUCACCAUCGUCAGUAUUGUUCGACUACAGUCACUGGCAAGUUAUGCCACAACAAGCAACGUAACACAGGACUACGUUGAAAUCGGCUACUGGAGCACAAUCGAAGUCCCAGUCGGCAUCCUCUGCGCAUGCAUGCCAGCCAUCCGCUCCCUGUUCAGUCUCGUCUUCCCCAAAGUCUUUGGCACCACG